CUUGUCGCGUGAGUGUAGGUAUUGUUUGUUGGACCGCUUCGCUCGCUAUCCUCACCCUCACCAGCAUCGCCGCCGCCGCCGCCGCCGCCGCUCUCCUCCGCCCUGUACCGUACCGCCAGCAGAAGGCCUGAGUCGAGUACCGCUGCGACCGCGACUAGCUCCAGCUCUGUCACGCGGCUCGCGCCAAUCCUCUCCCGCGAAACCACUACGACCACUACUCGAUCACCUUUCCUCCUGCAUCGACCCUCUGCAGCUGAACGACACAUGCUGUCGGCCAGCACCUCCGCCUUGUUCGCAUAGUCCGCCCUUCGAAUACCUUUGAGGACAGCAGGUCUGCAGGUCACUUCGACUUUCGAGAGCAAUUUCUACGCGCCAAACCUCACAUCUCACCCUCCAUCGCACACAGAAUACGCUUAGCAUACGAAAAUACGAUUUAGACAUCUUCACUCAAAAUGUCAAACAUUAUCGGCAACCGCAACAGCACACCUGAGACCUCGUCCUCGUCCUUCGGCGGAGGCUCCACUCUCCGCCCUCCCACUUCUCGCACGCUGGGGUCUGGCCAUCACCUGCGUGCCUCUGCCGACAUGGGUGCCUUUUCGGCCACCUCCCCGCUCGCUACACGAGGCAUUCGUCCUGCCUCCGAAGUCUACUUCAACCAGCUGCGCGAGAGCGGCAACACCGCCAACCCUGACGACGUUGAACGUGCCGCACAGCAAUGGAUUGCCGACAUCGAUCAGUACGAGACCACUCUGGAAGAGAUGGCUGCCGCGACCCUUGACCAGGAUUUCAAGGACGAGCUGAGCGCUAUCGAGCAGUGGUUCCGUGUGCUCAGCGAGCCUGAGCGAACUGCCGCUUUGUAUGCUUUGCUUCAGCAGACCACGCAGGUCCAGAUCCGCUUCUUCAUCCAAGUCCUGCAACAAAUGGCCAAGAGCCACCCCAUGUCCGGCGUUCUUUCCCCAGCCGCGUUCAAUGAGAAAGACCCGAUGUCUUCACGGAUGAAUGAUGCCAUGAAUAAGCUAAAUGUAGAGGGCUCACGUGGCUCAUUUGGUUUUGGUGCGAAGCCGCCGCCUUCGCCAGGUGCCAAGCGCAUGUCCGGCUUAGACCCCAACACGAUCAAGAGCAUGUUCCCAGACGCUGCAAAUGCUAUCGAGGAUCAAAAGAAGGAAUUUCAGGCGACUACUGGUAAUGCGCCAAAGAGCAACAGAAACAGUGCGGUUGGAGAUCGCUCUUCUCAGUACAUGCCUACAAUCUCUGCGCCGGACGAGGACAAGAAGAACGGUGGAAUUCCUUCUGGACCAUGGAGGAACACCAGCGGCUCGCAGGGAGAGAACCAGCCACCGAUCGGUAGGCCAAAGUCGUCUUCGAGCCAAGCCCAGGCUGCACCUAUGGGCCAAUUUGGUGUCAGCCAGGCUCCUCUACCAUCGGCUGGCCUGCGUUCUUCACGCCCGUUCCCAAUUUCUGGCGACAACAAUAUUCAGAGCCAGACUGCCUCCAGUGGCUUGACCGACAGCACAGGCAUGCCAUUGAUGUCACCAUAUGCGCCUGGUGCCAGCUGGGCUUCCAUGACCAACACUCCUAUGGUCUCCAACUUCAGCCAGCAGCAGAGCGCCAAUCAGGCUGACAUGGUCGCAAAUGCCACUGCAAUGAAGCUUGCUGCGCUUUCGACUGUGAACAAUCGCAUCCAGCUUGAUGAUGUGCGCAAGUAUCGCCGUGCUAGAUCUUCCGAGGGCCAGAACCAGCAACAGCCUUUGUCGCCCGGUAUGCCCUCGAGCAUCCUCAUGACCAACGAGCUCGGCCAGAUCUUGACUCCUCAGCAAGCAGCUGUACUACAGCAACAGCAGAUCGCAGCUCUGCAGGGCCGACGCUCUCGACCUGCUUCCCCAGGCAUUGCCAUUACUGGUCCUCCGGGCGGGAACCCUGCAAUGCCUCUUGGCGGGAUGCAGAGCAACGGCUUCCUUGCUGCUGGCAACUACGAUAUGUCGGGACUGCAUAAUGGAAUGGCGGGCAUGAACCUCAACACCCUCGGCGUAGGCGGCUUUGGCAAUGAAGCAUAUCUCUCUGAUGCCUCCGAAAUCAAUCGUGGCCGCUCGCCGAGAGGACGUCGGGGAAGCUCCAAGCCACCGGAGGAUCCUACCGAUCUUGCCUUGCUCAAGGAUAUCCCAAAUUGGCUGAGGACUUUGAGGCUGCACAAAUACACUGAUAAUUUGAAGGACAUGCGAUGGCAGGAUCUUGUACAGCUAGAUGACGCUGGUCUUGAGGGAAGAGGUGUUGCUGCGAAGGGUGCUAGGACGAAGCUGCUGAAGGUCUUUGAGCAAGUUCGCGAAGCGCAAGCAGAAGGUCGCAUGUAAGUUCAGCCGAACUUGACGAUAUGGCGCAAUACAUGAAGGCGAACAAGCAUGGCGCGCUUGGUCGGCCUAUUUUGGUCGUUCAGAUUGAUGGAAGAGGGGUGGCAUCUGCGGUGCAGUCUACUGCUUCCACUUGCAUGGCGUUGAUCUGUUCAUUAAUAUUUGACUAAUAAUGGGAUUGACGAAUGCCGCAUGUUACGAGGAGUGAAGCGAUGCUUUGCGAAAGAACGGGAUUGGUAGUCAUGUCGAUGGAGGAAAAAUGAGAUGCGGCGAUAAUUAGGAUAUGUUUGAAAAGAGUACUGUUGUUUGUUCC